AGCUGAGUGCAGUCGGGCGCCUGGUAUUUUUUAAAGAGCUAAACUUUUUACAUGUUCCUGUUCAGGAAUAUAAACGCAAACUACAGCUAGGAGCAAUUGGUCUAAGCAGCGGAUAAUCGUCGCAAAAUGCAAGAUGUCGACGACGACGUCCGCAUCGCCAUGGAACUCCAGCGCGAGUUCGACGACGAACAAGCUUUCCUUGUCAGCCUUCGCGACUGGGACGUCGAAGAGACGUCGAAAACGUCCAAGCCGCCGCCGUCAGCUCCCAAGCCGUCUGUGCCACCGCCCCGGCGGAAGGUGUCGGUCGUGGACCCGUACUGGGAGCUGACGGACCCCAACCCGGACAUCCACGGCCUCUUCCUGGAGUUCAACGACGCUUACUUCUGGGGCAAGCUGCUCGGCGUCGAGGUCAAGUGGAGCUCUCGCAUGACCCUGUGUGCUGGUCUUUGCUGCUACGAAGGAAGGGGUGGCCUCUGUUCCGUGAAGCUGAGCGAGCCGUUGUUGAAACUGCGGCCACGCAAAGACCUUGUGGAGACACUUCUUCAUGAGAUGAUCCAUGCUUUCCUCUUUGUCACACAUAACAACAGGGACCAUGAUGCCCAUGGUACCGAAUUCCACAAGCACAUGCACCGCAUCAACGAACAGAGCGGCGCCAAAAUCACGGUGUACCACAGCUUCCACGACGAGGUGGCGAGCUACCGGCGUCACUGGUGGCGCUGCACGGGGCCCUGCCAGCACCGGCGGCCCUUCUGGGGCAUGGUGAAGCGUGCCAUGAACCGGGCACCCUCGGAGAGAGACCCCUGGUGGGCCGACCACCAGAGGUCGUGCGGCGGGACCUUCGUCAAGAUCCGGGAACCGGAGGGCAAGCGGAAGGACACGAGCGGGACGCAGAAGCAGCCCCCUGUGGGUGCUAAGAAGCUCAAGACGGACGGCCCCGAUAUUCGGACUCUCUUCCAGAACGGCAGCCAAGCAAAAAAACCUGUUCCAGAGCAGCCGAGAGUUCCCUUCAGCGGCAAAGGCCACACUCUCGGCGGCGGCGGCAACCGUGCGGGAGACGUAAGUCGCUACUUCCAGCCGAAAAAGGCGGAGGGCGCCACCUCGGGACCGAGCUGCGUCCUCGGAAACCGAGCCACGGCGAACGGCGUCGCGAAUCCCACGUCACAGCAACGGCGAACCAACGUUGGCACGACGCAACGUGGCAACGAGCCGACGUCGUCGUUGCAAAACGGGUCGGCGUCGAAGCCGUGGACCAAUGUCGGAGGCGAUCGACGCGGUUCGAACAAACCGGCGGCGUCGCGCCACGACGAAUCAACUUCCAAGCCAAGAUCCAAGGCCGACGAGGAAGUGGGCGGACCUAAACCAACGUUUGCAUUCGAAAGUUCGACCAACGUUGGCAGCAGGGACCGGAGUCCCGGCAAGCCGACGUUGUUGCUCGGCAGUCCGAUGUCGAAGCUAAGACUCGAGGUGGGGAGCAAUCGACACGGACACGGCACAAAUUCGCCGACCAAGUUGGUGUCCAAGUCGGCGGCGGUGCAGCGGACGCUCGUCGAGAUCUUCGGCGACUCGAACAAAGGGCGAGUCAGCGGUGGCGAGUCGACGGGGGUGAGGAAAGUGAGCAGGAAAUCGAGUUCAGCGAGAAUGAGGCUGCUGAGGGAGCUGAUCAGUUCGGACAGCGACAGCGACUGCGAAGACGUCACGUUUGACGAGUCUGUUGACGUGGUGGAUGUUGUCGCAAAGAAAGCGGUGGACAGCGUUGCAAACAAUGUUGCGAACAAACGCGAGACCAACGUUACGGCAGGCGCUCAAGCUUCUGCGACCAGUGCCGAGUUUGUGGAGUGUCCGGUUUGCGAGUGCUUGGUCGAACAUGGCGCGAUCAACAGGCACCUCGAUUCCGUCUGCCUCGGAGAAGCGUGAUUGGGCGAUUUUUGACCGCAACACUGCUUGUUUUCAUUUUAGGGGAGCAGAAUUUUUAGGCUUCCUUGCGAGAUAUUCGCGAACAGAAAUUUAGUUUCUCGAGUUCUCUUUUUUAACUUCUUAAAACUUUUUGAGUCGAACGUGCAUUUUAAGAGUUUUAGUAUUUUUUUAUGUCUGCACCUUUAGAAUUGUAUCGCAGGAUGCUCAAUAAUCCUAAAGCAGCAAGGCGAACAAAUUUCCUUUGCCUAAAAGAGGAACUUGAACAACAAGUGUUUAUAUAGAAUUUUUUAAAUUUGUAGUUUGUAUGCUGGGUGUUCCACGUAACUUUAGCCAAGGUUUCAAAAUAUUUUGGUGCAUUUUAGGAAGACAAAGCCAAAGGUAUAAGAUUGUGCAUUGUGUUUUGCCCAAUGAAAUCACUAAGAUUAACAUUUAAAAUAUUUUACUUAGAGGAAAAGUUCCAAUGAUAAAGUUGUAGAGCAUCCUGAAAACAUCCAAUUCAGUGGUUAUUAUCAAGAAAUCAAGAAACACAAUUCAUUUUUCUGAGUUUCUAAAACAAAAGCCCGUAAAUUAUAGAAAGAACACGUGGUUGUGCCCUCAUGCACCUUAUAUUGUAGCGCUCUGAAGCAUGGCUCGAGCGAUAUUAGACUACCUGAAAUUAUGAAACGAUGCAUAGCUUAUGCGCAGCCACCAUUAGUUGGUCUCGUCGCUUCCGGCGUGAAGCCCGCGAUUGGUUCCGAGUUAAUGCAAAGCACCAACGCAGCACUCGUGCGGAACGCCACUCGAUCUGAGCACACUCCGAAUGCCGACAAAUCGCUCGUGUCCAGUGCUCGACCAACUGAUGGCAGUUGCACAUAAUGCAUCAUUUCGAAAAAAGUCUAAAGCAAGUAGGGCACUAAUAACCACACUGUACGCAAGAUACGCAACAGCGAGUCGCUUCGUGAGCGCGGCCAACAUCGCGAGCCGAAGGGCUAAUCGAGCCGAGCCAAUGUUUCCGCCUUUCUGUGCAUGCUCCUCCACCGGACUGUCCCACCAAGCGCAGAAAGCGUGCAACGAUGGUGCACUUUUCGCGCCGUUUCAUUGGCAGCUCGGCUGUAACUUCUGCCGCGCUUGGACCUAAAGUGAAACGAAGUGUCGCACGAAUCUGGGCUGUCCAGCGUGCGGGCCUAGUUUUUUCAAGCCACGGCUGGAACCGCUACGGCACAAAACACCCGAGCACAAAGUCGCACAUUUUUUAUUUUGGUCACUCGCAGGCUUUUUUGGGUGCCCAGCAAAACGAAGCGUUGUUAGAUGUUCCUCCAUAAAAAACACUGGAUUGGAUGUUUCUGAGGAUGCUGUACAACUUUAUCUGUGGAACGUUUGCUCUAAAUAGGAUAUUCAGGAAUUUCAGUCAUUAAUCCUAAUUAUUUAUUUAAUUUGGAAAAAUAAAAAAAGAAAUAGCCCGACUCGCUCCAAACAAUGAACAAACUUAUUCCUUUGGUUUCGUCUUCCUGAAAUGCACCAGAAUAAUAUUAAAAUUGGGCUAAAGUUACGUGGAACACCCUUUAUUAAGUUUUAUACGCUUUACAUGUAGCUUUAAAAAUCGUCUCCAGAGUUGCAUUUUUUUUUUUUAAAUUCUGGAUUGAAUUUUUGCGUUUUGUUAGCAGUCGAGCAAAAAUUGCAUUCAAGAGGCAUUUUUACCCCCAAAGCCUUACAAAGUAUGGGGAAGUUGUUUAAUGGUGCACUCACACUUGCAACUUUGCAAGCGGAUCCGCGCCGGCGACGAGCGGAAUUCAAAGCCGGGUGGGGAAAUCCGCUCGUCGUUGGUGAAAAAUCUGGAUCCGUCCGGGCCCAUAUCGAGAUGUUUUGCCAGCACUGAGCCAAUUUAACCAUUCAACCCGAAAAUCCGCUUGCCGCUGGUGCCAAUUUGCUCUCGAAUCCGCAAGUGCAAACGCACUGUAAGGCAUAGGAACACACAUUUAAACGGGGACCAUAGCCGUAGAAGCAGCUUUUGCUUUGCAUUAUUACAAACAAAUAUACAGUGUUGCAAUUCCCCAGGGGUGUUGGUGUGCACUAAGACUACCAUGUUACAAACUGUUGCAUGCAGGAAAUGCAUACUAUACUACUAAUUCCUAUAUUUGUACUUUAAGAACUCUGGAAGUUUCGACAUGCAAUAUAAUAUUGCCCAAGUGAGAACUGUCAUCCUGUAAAAAAACAAUGUCAAACGUGAGCUAUGCUAAUGCCACAACAUUGCCUAUUCUUUUAGUUGUGCUGGCACAAAUGCAUAGUGUUACACAGUACAUUGAGGGCAAAAUAGAGUCUGGAAAAUGUUAUAUAUUGUGAGAUCUGUCCGGUUUUGCAGCUCUGCAUGAAAAUAUUUUGUGCCAAGUGAUAUUUUCCGGUACAAUUUAGGUUUUCACUGCUGGUCCCGACAUUCUCCUUUCCAAAGUCUCGUAAAAGUUUGUUAAAUGCCUCCGUUAAAUGUCGCCGAAAGGCUGCUUGGAUGCUUUUUUGUGUGGCAUGCGCUAGCAUGCUGCCCCUUUUGCAUUUUAUUUAUUGUGACUGCCAAUAAUUUUGGCUGACAUUUUAGUCACUUUCUUCAACCGCUGCUAACCUGGAGUCAGCAGUGUGAAUAAAGCACUUUGUGA